GAGCCCCUCCGGUUGCGCGUCAGCAUCCCCUCAAAUAGGAAUCCGCUGCUGUCACUUCUGCUCUACAUACUGAGAGACGGGCGACUGUUACCCUGAAACAACAAUCUGAAGGCGAAUUUCACUUGACAUGCAGCUGUUUUUGCAUGUGAUGCUAAAGAAGAAGAGUCAGGGGAGGCUGUGAGGAGGCUGGCGCUUCGCAAAGAAUGAUAGUGAGGAUCCAGGCGUGCUGUCCCAGGAGAACUCAUCUGAAGAGCUGGCCUCGAGAGACCGGGAUGCUCGUCUAACGCACCGGGGGGCGAGUUUUCCUGAGCAGACAGUCUGUGUGGCGGAUUUUGAGUUUGAUCGGAAGUGAGUGAGUAAGCGAGAGGGAGUGGGUGUCAUGGAGGACAAAGGAGAUGGAGUUUUCCCGAACACUACCUACCAAAACUUGCUGCUCCUGGGAGCCAUCGCGGCGGCGUCCGCCUUUGUGGUCACCAUCCUUAUUGUCCUUGUCUGCGUUGGAUGCCAAAGAAAAAGCAAGAGCAAGCACCCCCCAGCCGGAGAGAAAGGGACAUCUGUAAAUAUGCAGGGUUCCCUUCGACACCCAAAACUGAACUCCAUGAGCAAAUCUGACACCAGGCUGCAUGAGAUCAAUCGCUUUCCCUGCAAUGGAAACUCUGUUGGCAAGAGCCGUCCAGCCAGCAUGGACCUCCUGCUGCUCCACAGUCGGCGCUCGCAGAACGACCUAAGACCCUCCCAUGGGCGCCAGCUUCCCCAGAUCCCCACCAGUCCCACGGGAUCUGGUCAGGGGGGAGGAGGGGAAACGGGAGGAGAUGGUGGAGGUGGCGCAAGUGGCGCAGGUGGAGGAGGAGGAGGAGUAGGAGUAGGAGUAGUAGUAGGAGGGGAGACUCGAGACCACACUUACACUGAGGUGGGCAUCCGCAACAACCCCACCCCCACUCACUGCCUGGAUGACGGGCUGUAUGAAAGCGUAGGUGUCCGGGAAGGUGAUACAGGCCCCAAGGUCCCCUCCGCCCCGCCGCCCUCCUCAAGCAGCACUCCGGCUACAAUCAGAGCGGCCCAAAGCCCCCCCGCUCAGGCCAACGGAGCUCGCAAUGGGAACGGUCAUGUGAAUGGUGGCAGAGGGAACGGCAGAGGUAAUGGCGUCAUUAACGGGACGAUGGCAGGAAUAGGUAAUGGUGGGAAUGGGGUCAACAGGUCCCCUCUGUCUUCUGUCAACUCUCUCGCCAUCCAAGAUCAAACUGCAGCAGAGUAUGCUUCCAUACGGAAGUUCCGAAAGGUCGACAAGACAAACAGGAAGGAAAAUAACGGUGCUGACAGCCAUUCAGACCAUUCGAGUGUGAGUGAUUCACCCUCUACAGCUCCUCCUCCACUUCAUCGCAGUCAGGAGUUUCCGCGCAAAGCACUGGAGCCGUUUCACCUGCAAACCUUCCCGAAGGAGCCAGUGUUCAUGGGCAAUGGGGAGCAGUACAUCUGGAAGCCUCCAGAGGAAGAUGACAUCAUCACCUUGCACCCUCCUCCACUCCGCGCAGAGAGUGUACAGGGGCACCCAUCACCCCCCACUGCAAAGGAGAUUGCAGACACCUACUCCAUUGUGUGUAAAACCCAGAAGAAGAAACCUUCCAUGGAAAACAACGGAUCAAAGACCCUCCCACGCUCCUUUGGUGGAGGUUCACGGGGCCGAGGCAGAGGAGUUCAGGGCCCGGCGCGUUCCCAGGAGGAGCCGGGCUACGAGCCGGUAGGAGACAGGUCCUGGCCCGAGUCUGACCCCGCGUACGCUACAAUCGACGCCCACCGGAAAAGGGAGCAGGAGGGAACCAAUAACAGCCCAGUUGGGGGUUCUGCCACUCUGAAAAGGAAGAAGCAGACGCCGCAGCAGGCAGCUCCAGCGGCUCCAGCGGCUCCAGCGGCUCCAGUGGCUCCAGUGGCUCCAGUGGCUCCAGCGGCUCCAGCGGCACCAGCUGCACCUCAGGGCUCAGGACCCACCGCCCUGCCUAGAGGCGUUCCUGGUGGGGAAAACUUCUACGAGACUAUCAGCGAUGUGAAACAAGGGGCCAACAGCUCCAGCACCACCACCAUCUUCACCUUCAAUGAUGGGAUGGAGAUGUAUGUCACUGGCCUGUAGCUGGCUGACAGGCAGAAAGUGCCCAGGGCCCACUGGUACAGAGUCAUGAAAAGGACCCUCCUGUUCACCUGCCAAACGUCUUGCUGUACAUACAUACAAGGCCCUCUAUAGACAAAAAACAUGAGGAUCCAUUUUGUGAUGACAUCAGGUACAAACAGGGUCUUAAUCCAGGUUCAGACAUCCCUAAAUUGGUCUGUACUUCAGAACCAGCCUAAGCCUAGUCCAGCCCAAAUAUGGACCAAAUACGUUUUAACAACAAAAAAAAAGAUUAAGAAAACUGGAAUAUACAUCUUCAGUCUACUGUGUCACUGACCAUACUCACCUGUUUGUGUAUCAUUUUCCAUAAUAUCUUUAUUUUUAUAUGAACACUCUUCAAAAAGUAUGUGGUGUAACUCACAUCCUGAGAACAACACACUUUAAUAUAUAUAUAUAUAUAUAUUUAAAAAAGUAAUGUAUGUGCAUGCAUUGUGCAAACACACACCUGAAAAUAGAAAAAAGUAGCAAGGAAAAUCGUAGGUAUAUUGAGAGGAAGAGGCACACUGUUACCUAUUAUCAGACACACACACACACACACACACACACACACACACACACACACACACACACACACACACACACACACACACACACACACACACAUACAUAUGCCUCAUUUUGGAGGGACUUAUGUAAUAAGCAGAUGGAUGGCACAGAGAUUUGUGGUGCUUAGCUCUCCCUAAGCAAACAUCUGAAACAAGUUCUCUGGUCGCUAUGGCCGGUUGCUUGGUGCUUUGCUCCAACACAGAAGUAAGCGAGGGCUAUGGUCUACAUUUAAAAAAUAAAUAAAAAGGUUCAUCGUUGUGCUCUACAUAGCAGUUAAUAAUAUCAGCCCUUAACUUAAUAAUGUUACAUCCAAUCAACAAUCAAUACUCCAAUUUGACAAACAUCUGUACCCAGAAGCAUGAUGACACACCCCAGCUCAGAUACAAACAUACUUGGCACAAUCAUGCGGGGUAAGUUGAGAUCAGUGGCAUCGAGAAGGUUGUGAAAGAACUUCUCCAGAAGGAUACGGGUGACAGAUUUCACAAUACAAAAUGUUCACUGUAUACAUCAUUGGGAAAAUGUAGAAUAUUUAUAAAAAUAAGGAAGCGAAAGAGUGCCCAAAAUAAUACAGGAUGUUUUAUCCUGCGCAGUUAAUAACAUGUAAUGUCCUUUGGGGACUGUAAACUGCUUAUUUUCUGACCGUUAUAAUUUUACACUCGAUAGCUGCGGGGGUUUUAAUUUAAUUGCUCAUUAACAUGCUGUAAAAGGCAUUUCCAAGUACAGUUCUAAAAGGCAUCUAUGGUCUCAAGUCAUAGCUAGAGCUCCCCAAAGCUCACCCGACUAAAGUCUGGUGGUUGAAAUAGCAACAUAGGACUUGGACUCCAAGGAAAAUAAAGAGCUGGGCAUGAACAUUACCAGUGAGUGUCUUUGGAAGGUUGCCCCUCGCUCUCUCGCUACCCUCUCUCCAGCCUCUGCACCGAGUUCUCUUCCAUAAUAAACAAUGUAUUUUCCAUGUAGCUUUGGGGAACAUUAAAAAAAGAACAGAGGAAUCAAAACAAAAUAUCAGACGUUUAGUGAAUGGGCAUAAAGAUAAGGGGUGAAGAGGGAUAUAAAAUGCUUACCGAGCUGAAGGAUGCAUUAGAAAAAGCACACUGUGAGACAACCAUGCAAAGAGAAGACGGGUUUAGUAGGGUUAGUAAUUCAAUGAUAAAUGCUACUGUUUCAGAAAGUAUAUAAAAAAAACAAAUGCACUCUGUAUUUUAAUGCACUGAUAAUUUUUUCUUACCUACUGACAAUACCAUUGGUUAAAUAGCUCAUGCCACUGCCAUGAAAACAGUAUUGUGUUGUUGGUGCAAUUUUUUCCUGCUUGAUCAAAAAAACGCAUGCUUUGAUAUAUGGAGAUGAAAACAAAUAUUGUUGUACUUAUUUUAUCUCUUUGUUUGUUAAUAUGUUUCUGUUUUUUGCCAUGAGAUGCAAAGCAGCAUUCAGUUUAUUUUCCCAAAGCAGCGACCUGGAGGAGGAAGGGAGAGAAAUAGAAAGUGAGGGAGAAGCCGCUGGGAUUUUAGAGCGGAGCGUUGUUCAUCCUUCCGCUCUGGGGGAACAAGGAGGAGCGAUAGAGGUGAGGAGGGGGACGAAGAACAGCUAGUAAAACUGGAUAACUGAAAAUGGACACGGACCCAAAGGACCCUCCCCCUCCUGAUGUGUAUUUGCUUGCGUACGUGCACACACACACGAAAUCAGGCCCACACUGCCAUGUGUGUUUCCAGUUUAGGGGAUGAAGCACAUUUUGCUUCCAUGCAUUUUCUCCCUUCCCAGCCGUGUUCAUUCUCCAAUCACCUCUCCCUCGCUGUGUAGGGUAGGGGCUUUUGAUGUCCAGUUCUGAGGGACUCAGGGAGGGAUAUGAGGGGGGGGGCAGAGGCUGCGGGGUCAGGCCAAACCCAGUCUGAUAUCAACAAUGCACCAACAGCUCAACUACUGUCUGAUAUGAGAAAUGGCCAACAGCUGAGACGCUUUACAAGCUUUGUUGAGGCUUCCCUUAGACAAUGCUGGCUUGAAAUCGCUUUCACACCUAAUCCUUUUUCUCUGGCUGUCACAUUAUGUGUCACAUUUUCUUUAUCCUGAGAGAAAGCACUGAUCUGAUAUAUAUUGUUGAACACUGUUACAGUAGACACUGAUCGAGACAGAUGUUCAUUGCACAAACAAAUACAGUAUGAUGAUGUAAAUGUGUAAAAUACUCGGUUGCUGUUCUGAUGUUGUUCUAAUGUAACAUACAGUAUACAGUAUAUUUGUUGAAAAAAAAGAUGGUUAUCACAGACACAUUGUACUUGUGGAUGCAAUAUGUUUCAUGCUUUCCAUGCAGAUGCUGUUUGUUAAUUGUCUUCAGAUAUAAUUAUGGGCCAAAACUGCUGUGACAGCUGUAGCCAAUGUUGUAUGUUCUUAAAGCACAGGGUUUAGUUGAAAAAAUAAUGAAUAUAAUACAAUAUAGUGUGACAGUGCAGAUAUGCAAAAGAUUGUAAUGUUUUAUAUUAACCUUCAUAAAAUAUUAAAGUGAGUUUUUACUUUUCUAAUAAAGUGGCACAUUAU